AUGGCUAAAAUUCGGUUGAACACUACUCCUCCUCCUCAACCACUACUUUACUGCAUCUUGUUCAUUCUCUUUAGUUUACUCUCCUCCCAAAAUUUAGCUUUUUCCACGGAUCAAAUUUUCAAAACCUUCAUCUUCAGGAUUGAUUCUGAAUCCAAGCCCUCCAUUUUCCCCACUCACUACCACUGGUACACCUCCGAGUUCGCCGAACCAACUCGCAUACUCCAUCUUUACGACACCGUUUUCCAUGGCUUCUCUGCGGUUCUUACUCAACAACAAGUUGCUUCCCUCACCCAACACCCCUCUGUACUUGCAGUCUUCGAGGAUCGUCGCCGCCAACUUCACACCACUCGCUCCCCACAGUUUCUUGGCCUCAGAAACCAGCGCGGUCUUUGGUCCCAAUCCGAUUACGGCUCCGAUGUAAUUAUCGGAGUCUUCGACACGGGGAUUUGGCCGGAGCGCCGGAGCUUCGCCGAUGUUAAUUUGGGCCCCGUUCCUCGUCGCUGGAAAGGGGUUUGCCAGGCGGGGGUUAAAUUUUCGGCCCGUAACUGUAACCGGAAGUUGAUUGGUGCUAGAUUUUUCUCGAAAGGGAACGAGGGAAGUGGCAGUUCCAUCAACGACACCGUCGAAUUCCGAUCUCCUCGAGACGCCGAUGGCCACGGAACCCAUACGGCAUCAACUGCGGCUGGUCGUUACGUUUUUGGGGCAAGCAUGGCGGGCUAUGCUUCUGGAAUCGCAAAGGGCGUGGCUCCAAAAGCCCGAUUGGCUGUUUACAAGGUGUGUUGGAAGAAUUCAGGUUGCUUUGAUUCUGACAUUCUCGCUGCAUUCGACGCCGCCGUCGCCGACGGUGUCGAUGUGAUUUCCAUAUCAAUUGGCGGCGGCGAUGGUAUUUCCUCACCUUAUUAUCUGGACCCCAUUGCUAUUGGAUCUUACGGUGCAGUUGCGAGGGGUGUUUUUGUGUCUUCUUCGGGCGGAAAUGAUGGGCCCAGUGGAAUGUCAGUGACCAACCUUGCUCCGUGGUUGACGACGGUCGGAGCAGGCACUAUUGAUCGGGAUUUCCCUGCGGAGGUUAUAUUGGGUGAUGGACGCAGACUCUCCGGCGUGUCUCUUUACUCAGGAGCGCCAUUGAAGGAGAAAAUGUAUCAACUAAUUUAUCCCGGAAAAUCAGGGGUACUUACGGAUUCACUGUGUAUGGAAGAUGCACUGGAUCCCAACAUUGUGAAGGGCAAGAUAGUAAUUUGCGACAGGGGAAGUAGCGCGAGAGUUGCCAAAGGGCUGGUGGUUAAGAAAGCCGGUGGCGUUGGAAUGAUUCUGGCAAAUGGUAUGUCUAACGGAGAAGGUCUUGUUGGGGAUGCUCAUCUUCUUCCUGCAUGUGCACUCGGUGCUGACGAAGGUGAUGUCAUCAAAGCAUACAUCUCAUCCUCUACUAAUCCCACGGCCACCAUUGAUUUCAAAGGAACUGUACUUGGAAUCAAACCGGCACCGGUUCUGGCAUCGUUCUCUGCCAGAGGACCCAACGGGUUGAACCCGGAGAUACUUAAACCGGAUUUGAUUGCACCGGGAGUCAACAUUCUCGCAGCUUGGACCGAUGCGGUUGGUCCUUCUGGUCUUGAUUCUGAUACGCGGAGAACUGAGUUCAGCAUCUUGUCGGGUACUUCAAUGGCUUGUCCACAUGUGAGUGGUGCAGCUGCCUUGUUGAAAUCUGCGCAUCCUGAUUGGAGCCCUGCUGCCGUAAGGUCGGCGAUGAUGACGACGGCGACUCUGCUUGACAAUUCUAACCACCUCAUGAUCGACCAAGCCACCGGCAAUGGUUCCACGCCCUUUGAUUUCGGCGCUGGACAUCUCAAUUUGGGUCUUGCCAUGGACCCUGGUUUGGUAUACGAUAUCUCCGACGAUGACUACGUCAACUUCUUAUGCGGUAUCGGUUAUGGGCCUAAGGUAAUUCAGGUGAUUACUCGAUCAGCACCGAAUUGUCCGGCCAGGAAGCCGUUGCCGGAGAAUUUGAAUUACCCAUCGUUUGUUGCUCUGUUCCCCGGCGAGUCCAGAGGGUUGUCGAAAAAGACGUUCAUCCGGACGGUGACGAACGUGGGCCCGACAAACUCGGUUUACAGGGUGAGGGUGGAGUCGCAGGUGAAAGGGGUGACGGUGACGGCGAGGCCAUCGCAGCUUGUGUUCUCUGAGACAGUCAAGAAGGGUAGUUUCGUGGUGACCGUGACGGCGGAUACCAGGAAUCUGAUGAUGGGACAGUCCGGGGCAGUGUUCGGGUCGCUUUCUUGGACGGACGGAAAACGCGUGGUUCGGAGCCCCAUAGUCGUUAGUCAAUUUGAACCCUCGUAA